UAUACAUAUGUAAACUCAUAUGGAAAACCGCUCAACUUUGGAGACUGUAUAGGAAUAUUUUAAAAUCCCUCCUUCUAUACAGUAUAAAGUGACCUUUAACAAUUUUUUUAAUUAUUCGUGCACAAAUUUUUUAACUUUUCAUAACCGUGUGUUCCACGUUGGAUAACAAGUUCAUACUCAGACAUCUGUUGAUGCUACAAGUCUUGAAAUAUAUUCCCAAAAGUCCAUGCCGCACUAAGGAUAUUUAAUAAGAAAAACAAAACCGCGGAGUUAAAACAAUUAGUAUUACAUUAUUGGAAGUACCGGCUCAACGAAAGACGUUUCACGUUGGAUUAUUUUCAAUACCUGAUAUUCCUUUUAUUAUUAGGGAUCAGUAUUUGAUAUUACAUACACAUACACACACACACAUAUAUAUAUAUAUGUACAUAUAUAUAUGUAAAUAUAUAUAUAUAUAAAAUUUUCUUUAUAAAUAACUUCGCCAUUAGUCCUAUAUUUUAAUCAAUAAAGAUUGAUAUAAGCAUACAGGUUUAGAAGCCUCACGGAUAACAGGAACGAAGCAAUUUUUCAUCUCACAAGGAAACAAAUAUAUUUAUUAAUGCUAUUGUUUAAAGCCAAUAUAUUGAGAUAUAACAAUUACAUUUUGGAACUAGGAUUAUCACUGAUAGAUAUACUUAUUUAAGUUAUCUAUUUCUAUUUUAUCGAUCUCUUUUAUAUAUGUGCAUAUAUAUAUCUAUAUAUAUAUAUAGCGAAUAUAUUUGAAAGAUACAGAAAGAUUGUAUGCGUGUAUAUAUACACAUGCAAUUUCUUUUGUAAAGGUGUUUUCUGGAGGCUGGUUCAGUUGCAUACUGCCAGGUAUAUACGUAGUUUGAGAAGGAAGUGGACCCUUACACCAACCGGAAAUUCGUUUGAACUUCAGUUGAACAUUAAUAAUACAACUGUAAGCUCGAAUUGGAUUAAAGAGUGUAAACUGAUAAGCAGAAAAUAAGUAAAUACUAUAAUAAAACCAAGAUCCUUCGUUAAUCAAGAUAAAAUCGGAUUUAACGUAGCAACCAAGCUGGCAAGAAAACGUAACUGGGAAAAUGAUAAAUGAAAGAAAUUAAUGUAAAUGAGCAAAAUUAAUUUAAGUCUCUAUAAUUAUAAUUCGAGGCAACUGUUCUUCGUAUAAAGAACAAAAAGUUCAAGACAGUUUAUUUUAUAUAGUUAAGAGCAAAAACUAAAGCUAAUAAAUUUUAAGCUUACAAACAGUAACGCGAAAGAAUUGUCUGGCUCGAAUUUGAUUCUUGCAUUUGACAGAGGCGUGUGUUUAUCUGAUAGCUAUACUGUUAACACGGCUUCAUGAUAACAUUACGACCUUUCCUUCCUCUUAAGACAGAGUUCGUAUAUUACUCGAUCUUAGUUUUAUAGAUUAUAUAUUGUACACACACACAAACACACACAAGCCACCUACGUAUCUGCACAUGCACAUGCAAAGACACACUAUACAUCUAUAUGUAUGUAUGCACUUGUACAUAUAUAUAUGUUGUAUCUUUUUUGCAUAUAUAAUCAUUAUUCAUUAAAUACCAUUAUAUUCUCUAAAUAUUAUGCUAAAAUUUACGAAUAUGUAUUUAAUAAUAGUUAUAUAAAUUGCACAUCAAUACAAUUAAAAAAUUCAUUCACUUUAGUAUCAUAACGGAUUUAUAAUUAUAUACACAUUUAUAUACUUUAUUGUACCUCAUUUUCAGAAUUCUCAAAUUAUUCCAAUUAGGAACCAUAUAUAAUCAACAAGUUAAAACAUAAAAGAACAUAAUGGAAGACCAGCUAAAAUAGUAAAUCAAUGUAAACUAGGAGUUUUGAAAGUCUUUUUCUGAAGACACAUUCUUAUUUUAUUAUAAACAAUUGUCUUACUCACAUAUAUAAGCUCAUAUACUAUAAUACAAUACAACACUCAACGUAUAUCCCUUUCAAGGGAAAUAGUUUCCUUUUUUAAUUGAGCUUCCUUGUAACAGCGGCUCUAGAUAUGGUUUCCAUAGCGAAAAAGUCUACGAUUGCUCGGAAGGCUAUUAAAAAAUUUCUCGUUACGAAUGAAAUUGCCAAGAACAUCCGUGUGUCAAAUUCCCCAAACACCAAGCGAGCGCAUAGCAUGGCAGAGACCUAUUGAUACCACUCAUUCAGUCACGGUAGUAUACCGGAGUUCGGAUUUCCAGAGGCGUUUGAAAUGUGUUCGUCCCAAGGAGAAGCCAUCAGCUGAAAUUAUAGACCACGAGGCUGAAAUAGACAACAUGGAGAAGGGGAGCAGAAAAUGCUUGUGAAACAUGAGAAGCUGGGAAUCUUUUACUGGCAUCACAUUGAGUCUCCUCCUCCAACACUUACCCACGCUUCAAGACCUGGUGCUACCGCCUCCGUCGCCGCCGCUUACCUUUGGACUACUUCUACUCCUUCUGCUAAUGCAGGGCCACCCAUACUGCUGUGUGUUCAUUCAAUGAGUCAUCCAGUCUGAUAGCUGCUCACCAAUAUGCCCUCCUCCAGGCAGGUGACCAUGACUUAACUGAUGAGUGUUGAUCGUUAGUAGCAAGUAACAUCAGCGCGUGGGAUUCUCCAUAUUUCGACGCAGUUUUCGCAUCGGUUCAUUGUAGCUGUGAUUGCAAUUCGAAUGUGCUGGACUGGAAUUAUCCCGAUGGUGCUGGACAGUGUGUUGGGAAGUUUUGCAACUUAUGCUCGCUUGAAAGGGCGCUACGACGAUGACUGGAUCGACCGGUUAAAUCACCUUUACACGACAAUAAUAUUUAUUAUUUUCACAAUUGUUGUGAGCACCAAGCAGUAUGUUGGGGAACCGAUUCACUGCUGGUGUCCUGCACAGUUUACUUCCGGACACAGGGAUUAUGCCAAUAACGUGUGUUGGAUAUCAAACACGUACUACGUUCCUUUCGAGGAGCGAAUACCUUUGCACCGGGAGGGAAAACAGCAAAAGGAGAUCGGAUAUUAUCAAUGGGUUCCCAUGAUCCUUCUCUUCCAAGCCUUGUUAUUUAAAGUUCCUUGUAUAUUGUGGAGGAUCCUUGGUGCUUCCGGAGGCGUAAACCUGGAUAAGAUUGUUACGUUAGCAGCCGACACCCAAUUUGUGGCUCCUGAAGAUCGAGAGAGAACUAUCAAACAUAUAGUCCGAUAUAUGGACCGCUGGCUUGAAAACGCCAGGGAAUAUCGAUCGGGCUGCCUCAUACGAAUGCGCCAGACUCUAUCGAAAUACUGUUGCAUUGUGUGGGGGAAACGCUAUGGAAAUUACCUCUUUAUUAUCUACAUGGUUAUCAAGAUUUUUUACAUGGGAAAUGCUGUAGGCCAGCUUUUCAUUUUGAAUGAAUUUUUAGGCACAAACUAUAAUCUGUACGGAUUUGAAGUCCUGAGUCACUUAGCCAAUGGAGAUGACUGGACGGAGUCUCCUAGAUUCCCACGUGUGACGAUGUGUGACUUUGAAAUUCGCCAGAUGCAAAAUGUUCAUAAAUACACUGUACAGUGUGUGCUACCCAUCAACCUAUUCAAUGAGAAGAUUUUUAUUUUCAUUUGGUUCUGGUUAGUGUUUGUUUCAACCUUUAGUGCCGGCAAUUUUCUGAUAUGGUUUUAUGCAAUGGUAUUCCGCCAACACCGUAUUAGAUAUCUGAAAAAGUUCCUGAGAGUGAACGAAUGUUACAAGACAGAACUGGAUAAAAAAAUGGCGGUGAAAUUCGCGGAUCAAUACUUAAGGCAUGAUGGGAUAUUUGUUUUGAGACUUGUAGGCAAAAACGCCAAUGACGUGCUGGUAUCCGAGCUUGUUCUUCAACUGUGGAACCAUUACCGGAACAAGCCACUUUUUCGGCACGCCAACCCCAUUAGCGACGACAACAGUAACGUCUGACUAGCCGUCAGGCACCUUAUCAAAUUUCUUCAACUCAAACAACACUCACGUUUGUUACGCCUGCUAUGGCCCGUGGAGGCCGAACACGGUGUCCUUUUAUCAGGAAGGGCACUCAAAGGACAGCGACAACAACAGAUAUGUCGCGAGUCAAACGAAAUUCGGCUGGGGUAUUGCCAAGGCAACACAACUAGCUGCGGACAGCCCAAAAAAACUAUACCAAAAUAAAUUUAAAAAAACAUCCAAAGUGUUUUAAACUAACAGAUUAAUAGAAUGAAAGUUAAAUUUUUGUUUAUUAACUUUAGUCAUAGGAUUAAGAAACCAUUUCAAAUAAAUAAGGCUGGGUGAGUCUUCAUUCCAUAAAGAUACUGGCAACUGAAGCUACGUAAACACUUUUCUCCUCUUUAUACAUACAUAAACAAAACAGAUUAGGAAAAAAAAUCUAGAGUUGAUUUGCUUCACUGGAUUGAUUAAACCAUAAACGUAGAAUAUUAUUCUUGUAAUAAAAAUAUCAUCAAGUAAAAAUUCUGCCAAAUAUUUGGUUGGUUACUCAGGACAAGAAUGUUAAGGUCUAGAGAAAGAGAAUAAUUAAUAGGCAAGUGAAAUGGAAAGGAAGUUAAUAGGCAUUAAAUGAACAGUAAAAUAUAU